AACAACCAUUUCCUCUCUGCUCAGAGACAGGGGGAAAAUGCACACGCACACACAUACACACACAGACACACGCACACAUACUUCCCUGCAGCAGGCUCUCUGCUUUCCAGGACCAGCCGUUUUGUGUUGGAGGCACCAGGCAGGGGCUCAGGCAGCACAGAGGCCGCUGAACCCGCACUGUUCCCUGCGGCCCUGCCAGAGCCUGGCUCCCGCACUAGCUUUGCUCUGAGCUGAGCUGGUUUUAAGGAGGCUCGGCUGAUACCACAUUGCCUCCCGCCUUUCCUCUCCAGUUGCUCGCUGUUCUCCCGAGUCGGGGAGAAGAGGCUUCCAGCCUCCCUGGGCCUCUGCUUCCCAGGAAGACGGCGCAUUCAGGAUUCUGGACUCUCGCUGGCGCCCUGCUUCCUUCCCGGGAUGGGCCACGCAGUCACCUUCAGAACAGGCCUGUCCCUGCUCCAGGUGCAGGAAGGAGGGUAAGGAGGACCGUGAGGUGGGCUCACCUGCACCUGCUGCACGGGCCUUCCCGACCCUCCAAGAAUGAACGGUGAUGUCCUCUAGCCGCCCCUAGCAGCGUCUUGGUUCUCCCCGGCCACAGAAGCUGACCAGGACUGGGACUUUCUCCACAAGUGGUCGGCACCGGCAGUCAGUGAUGACUGUCCAGAAACUGGUGGCCACAGCCGUGCUGGUGGCCCUGGUCUCUCUCAUCCUCAACAAUGCAGCAGCCUUCACCCCCAACUGGGUGUAUCAGACGCUGGAAGACGGGCGCAAGCGAAGCGUGGGGCUAUGGAGGUCCUGCUGGCUGGUGGACAGGGCCCGGGGAGGGCCAAGCCCUGGGACCAGGCCUGCGCAGGUGGACACAAGGGACUGUGAGGCCCUGGGCUGGGGCUCUGAGGCAGCAGGCUUCCAGGAGUCCAGAGGUACCGUCAAAUUGCAAUUUGACAUGAUGCGUGCCUGCAACCUGGUCGCCACAGUGGCCCUUGCUGCAGGCCAGCUCACUUUCAUCCUGGGGUUGACAUGCUUGCCCCUGAUGUCACCUGAUUCCCAGUGCUGGGAGGAGGCCAUGGCUGCUGCAUUCCAGCUGGCAAGUUUCGUCCUGGUCAUUGGGCUGGUGACGUUCUACAGAAUCGGCCCGUACACCAGCCUGUCCUGGUCUUGCUACCUGAACAUUGGCGCCUGCCUCCUGGCCACCCUGGCUGCCGCCAUGCUCAUUUGGAACAUUCUUCACAGGAGAGAGGACUGCAUGGCACCCCGAGUGAUCGUCAUCAGCCGCUCCCUGACUGCCCGGUUCCGCCGUGGGCUGGACAACGACUAUGUGGAGUCACCAUGCUGAGGGGUGCCAAGGUGGGGCCCUGCUUGGGACUUUAUCCACUGUAAUGGAACAGUCUAGAAACCAAGGGACUGCCUGUGUGGAGGCGGUUGAUUCACAUGGUUUCUUAUAUAUGCAUAUGUACGAUACACAGGUAUGUUUACUACGUUUAUAGAAAUAUAUUAUUGAUCAUAUAUCGUCUGUGCCAGCCUCCUCCUGACACACUCACAACCUGGCUUCACGCUCACGCACGUUGCAAGAAGGAGACCAGCACCUGAGGAGCACGUGAGGAGCGGCAGCUGCCCUGCUCGCCUGGGGGUAACUUGUUCUAUGUCUGCUGAGAGGGCCGGGGCCACUGUGACCACCGCUUUUUGAAGUAGAACAUCCGGGAGAUUUUCUGGAAGUGGCCAUGACCUUUCUCAAGUGGCUCAGAAUUUAUAAUCAGAUGGUUAUGGCUUUAUGACAGGAUGGAGUUAGUAAUGUCUGUUUGUGCCUGAUUAUUUUUCUAAGUUAAAAUAAAAUGCAAACAUCUUACCACCGUCUAAAACAUGUGUUGUAUCUCUCUACACUGCCACAUGGUAAAAAGAAUUUGGUCUAUUUUAUGUGAUUUUUGUGGGCUCUCAGUAAGAGAAGGGUCGAGACCUUUUAAAACGUCCGAUAGGAGUGCAACUUCUGGCUAUGCGUGUCCUUGCUCACACUUCCGGUCAGCUGAGCCUCAGAAGCCCAUGUUCCUAUGGAUCCAAAAUUAGUGCAGCAAGAGGGGGAAAGUCUAUUUGGUUAAAGAAGUUCAGAAAUAGGUUCACUUUUUCCCCUAUAAAAUCUUUAGUUCGUCUUUAGCCAACUGUUCAGUAGGCUACGCCUCCAUGAUGCCACACUGAUUCCAAACCACCCAGCUCCUAAACCUGUGAGAGGUGAAUAGGCCCUAAUUCCCCAGGCUGAACAGAAAACAUUUAAAUACUGGCCCAUGUCCCCAAAGGCCUGGGACCAGGACUGCCUGAUGAUAUCUAUAAAGACAGUCCUCUAAUAGCUGCACUGCUUGAAUUCCUGACACCUGAAAGUGGAAUCACUGUCACCAUCCUCUGGCCAGGAAGCUGAUACUGGGCGCUCGUGGGUACCAUGCAAAGCCAGGGUAAGACCCUGGCUAGCAGCAGGCUGAUCCCCCCACCCCCAAGAAAGUUUUAGCUUUGUUGCUUUUAACUUUCCAAAGAAGUGAGGUGACCAGUCUAGAAUUCGAAGACUACGUUACCCCAGGAUAGCCAGAACAGAUGGUAGACUGGGGUUAAAAACAGAAGGCAACUGAGAAUGACUUAAAAGCAUCCUGGUCUGAUGAUCCAUAAAACAGUCAGUAGUCAGUGCAGAAACAGCCAGACCCCUGUCCCAUGGCCAGCGUGCUCGACGGGGCCUUUACGUUCGAGCUUCAUCCCUUUGAGUGUCUUUCCUAGAACGGAUUGUUCCCCCUAAAUCAUAUGCUAAAAUAAUUAUUUUU